CCCCCCGCGGGGAUAAAGCUGGGGGUCCCGGCGGCCGCCCCAGAGCCCGCGCGCCCACCGCCCCUCGCCACCGCCGGCAUGAGGAGCCUCCGGGCGGACACCGACCCCUCCGAGGAGCCUGAGUCCAGCAAGGCCAAGUCUGAGUACCGCAACUACACGGAGGGGAAGCUGCUGGACCGCGUCUACAACACCUACCUGCUGAUGCACACCCACCAGACCGUCGACUUUGUCCGGAAGAAGAGCGCAGAGUACGGGACCUGCUCCCUGCGCAAGAUGAGCGCCAUGGAGGCGCUGGAGCUGCUGGACCAGCUGGUGGACGAGUCGGACCCGGACGUGGACUUCCCCAACUCCUACCACGCUUACCAAACCGCCGAGGGCAUCCGCCGGGCCCACCCUGACAAGGGUAGGGCCGUUGUGCGUGUGUGUCCCCCCACCCACCCACCCCUCGCCAAUGCGGAGCCCGUGUGGGGCCGUGUCCCGCAGGGUGAUGGCCCCACUCACCCCCAGACUGGUUCCACCUCGUGGGGUUGCUGCACGACCUGGGGAAGGUCCUGGCGCUGUUCGGGGAGCCCCAGGCCGGUGGGACGCCUGUCGCACACCUCCGCAGUGGGCCGUGGUAGGGGACACCUUCCCCGUGGGCUGCAAGGUGCAGAAGUCCGUGGUCUUCGGGGACUCCACCUUCCACGACAACCCCGACGCCAGAGACCCCCUGUACAGCACCGAGUACGGGAUGUACCAGCCUGGCUGCGGCCUGGAGAACGUCCUCAUGUCCUGGGGACACGACGAGUACAUGUACAGAGUCAUGAAGUUCAACAGCUUCGCCCUGCCCAAGGAGGCUUUCUACAUGGUCCGCUUCCACUCCUUCUACCCCUGGCACGCGCACGGGGACUACCGGCACCUCUGCACCGAGGAGGACCUCCGCAUGCUGCCCUGGGUCAGGGAGCUCAAUUUGACCUCUACACCAAGCAGGAGGAGCUGCCCGAUGUGCAGCAGCUCCGGGGCUACUACCAGUCCCUGAUCGACAAGUACUGCCCCGGGCAGCUCUGCUGGUGAGCGGGGAUCCCCACUCACCCCACCGGGACCGCCACUCGCCUCACCGGGACCCCCACUUGCCCCACCGGGACCCCCGGCGCAGCACCCAGCACCCCACGCUCGACCCCAGCCCCUGUGGGAGCCGCUGCCUGGUCACAGGGCGCACCGGGGCGAUACAAUAAACCUGCUUG